AUGCUGCUGCCUUGCUGCGGCUCUGCUUGUUCCUUCACUCAAAUACCCCAUCUCCCUUUCCUUCCCGUUUUUCCAUCCCUCUUUCCCAAAUGUCCCCCCUCCCCAACAGGCUACUCUAUCACUCGCUCUCUCACCGAAGCUCCCCACUAUGCCACUGCCCUCGCUGCUGCUCUGCGCUCUCCCAGCCGAACUUCACUAGAAGCUGCAACUCAAGCCUGGGACCACCUGUGGUCAGCAGAGCGCAAGAGGCAGCAAUCAUUCAUGAUAUUUGGCCUCGAGCUCAUUCUGCAGCUCGAUGCACCAGCCACCCGAGACUUCUUCAACGCCUUCUUCAAGCUGCCCCCCAGUUACCCCUCUCGACCCUUCCCCACCACUCCGCUUCUCCCCUCACCCUUCUCCGCCCUUCUUUGCUCCUCACCAACCCUCUCCACCCAUCUCCACCCCUCUCCACCCCUCAGGCUAUGGCGGGGCUUCCUGGCGUCCAACCUCUCCUCCCUCGACCUCCUCCUCCUCGCCUUCUCCACCUUCCUGGUCGCCUCCAACCCUCUCCGCUUCCGCCUUAUCAACCAUCUAAUCGCCGACCCCAGCGGGGCAAACCUCAUCCGCACUUACGCUGGAAUAACAAACCUCACCUUUUCACCCCUCUCCACCCCACUCCGCCCCUCUCCGCCCCUUUCCGCCCCCCUCCACCACUUUCCACCCUGA